AUGUGUAGCGAAAGUGUUCUUGAAGAUAUUCAACUCGAAAAGGCCUUAAGGUGUAUCACACAACAUCCUGGUUUUGGUCCUGUCUGCCUUCAAAAGUGGAGCUUACGUAUGGCUGGCGAACGUGUCAAUACCAAAGCCAAACAGAGAUAUAAACAAACUGGAACCGAAGAAAGGUGAGAUAGUUUUUGUUAUUUUUAUACCGCAUUGGAGUCAAGUACGAUCGAUAUGGUACACACUCGAUUUGAAAACAUACAAAUUCUUCAAUACAUCGUCCAGCCGAAAUUAAAUACUUUUCUUGUUGUCUUAUUUUUACACUUACUUGCGUAGCAUUGCCUACAGGGAGUUUUCCAGGCUUGUCUAUAAGCGAAUUCCUCUUCCUGCGUGUGCUUACACGGAAAUAAGAAAACAAUUUCCUGUCGGCAGAGAUGAAACCUACACUGGAUUCGAACUCGACGAAGCUGAUUAA